AUGAAAACUGGCGCCAUCAUUCUCUCUCUUUUCGCGGCCCUUGGUCUUGCGGCUCCUAUGGAGCAAGCCCAACAAGCCAACGAUGCUCAGAUGAUGCAGCAAGUUGAAAUGGCCGCCAAGAGCUUAUUUGACCCCCCUCGCAACGGCAACGGAAACAUUAUUGCCGACAUCUUCGAUACUGCUGCUUGCAUCUUAGGUAGCUUCAUUGGAGCUCGCACUUGUCCAAGCAGCACUAUCAUUCAAGUUCCUGGUGACGACCACCAUAAUGACAAUAGCAACUCGAGCGUCAGCACGAGCACCUCUUACCAGUAUACAUACUCUACCGACAGCGAUGGCAAUUAUCACAUCCAGAUCAUCCCCGGCGGCAGCAAGUCCAGCUGCACCUAUACUGUAUCCAAGAAUGAUGUUGGGGCUUUGGCCAACACCAUCAACCAGCUUGCCGCCAAGUGCAUCAACAAUUAA